AUUUCUCCCAAGGUUCACUCCAAAUCAUCAACUUAGCUCUCUAUCCAUCUACAUGAAAGUAGGCGCCAAGAAUAUUACCGAAGAAACCGACGCGUACAAGAUAAUCAAGCUCGGCAGUACAAAAUGAAUAGCGUAUCUUCGAUAGACGACGACGUUGGCUCGCUCACGUCGACAGAAUUAGCCACGCCAAUUGUCACACCUCGAACAUCAAGAGCAAACAGCAUCAGCCAGUCUAGUUCUGCAAACCUUCCAGCUGGCCCAUUGAAUCUUACAAUGUUGAGUACUACUUCAUGGAGACAGCCCUACCCCUCUGUUGGGCAGUUUGCCAUGACAGAAUCAGAAGAGGUCGUUGCCACCGGCCCCAAUGGUCUUUUCUACUUCUUGCGCAUACGAGACCAUGCCGCUACACCGUGGUCUGAGCCUCGCCCAUUUCCCAAUACGCAAGUGACGCUUAAUGAACUAACCGUUUCUGGCCUGGCUCUCUACUCAUCCCCGGACCGACCGUGGCUUCACCUAUUCUGCGUUUCAGGCGGUGUCCUUUAUAGUUUUCAACUCACCGACAAGAAGAAUCCUUCGUUUAUACCGGACACUUCGCCUCCUCUGGCAGGUUAUAGGGUUACGGGUAGCCCGACGAUUGUACAAAAUAGACGUCCGUACAGUAACGGUGAUUGUCAGAGCUUGUUCGUCCCAUGCCAGUCUGGUGGUCUGCUUCAUACACCCCUAACAUAUUUGAAAUCUCAUGAAAUUGAAUUUGGGGCUGUAAAUCAUCUCGGCACCGAGUUGGGUAUAAUUUCAACUAUCUCCGUCAUAAUGGUAGACGACGAUAUAGCCUCCUCCAAUUAUAAGACAAAUCUCGUGGCGAUUUGCAUUUCAGGAGGUCAACUUAACGUCAUCGAGGGUUCCUCCAGUUACGGAUCGUGGAAUGGCAAGACUUCUAGGAUCCUACAUCCGGGCGAGGUGACUGGAAACCCCGUGCUUAUUGCUGAUUCUAAUAAUGGUAGGACUACCCAGUUUGACCUGUUAGUGCCCUCGGCUGAGGGGGGCAUCUUUCACUUCAUCCGCACGGAAUCUGCACCCAACGAAUGGCACAUGAUCGGGCGCAUUGCAUUCCCUCAGGACAUCCCACCAGCCACUUGUCUAUCCUUCCACUCACGGCAAUUUUCUCGUGGGAAACGCGAGCUGUAUGCUCUGAUCCAAAUUGGCGGUCGCCUUUACCACAUUAAAACAAGCGACAAUGGGCGUCCAUGGUCCGACGCCCGUCUAAAUCCGAUCGUGUACCCAGGUCCCUUCUUUGAAUGAAGGUAUUACUUUCGCUGCGUUCUGUAUCCCCAAUUGCCAUCAUGUAAUAUUGACAUGCGUCACAUCAUCCGUGCCACUUAGCUCCGCUGAUAAGAUUUCCUUUACGUGCAGUACAGAGGGCAUCAGAUAGCUAUCUAGGUUAGAUGGUUAAUAUUUAAUACGACUUCCUAAGGGUCAUGUAACAGGAAAUAGGAGAAAUGAGCUCCUUACCUAUAUACAAAUCGGUGCUCGAAAACUCUACGUUACUCCUUCCACAUGCUGGCAAUUGUAGAAUAUUGAAAGUUAAUGCUACAGGCAGGCAGUGCUUUCUACAUACCUACCUAGGUAAAUCCU